AUGACAACAGUUCCAAUAACUUACGAGUUGCUGUCUUCAAUUGAGCCAAGAAAAUGGUUAAAAAAUACAGAAUUAGGUGGUGAAAUCACUUCUGUAAGUUUCGACGACAGUGGAGAACUAAGUUUGGCGUCUUCCACGGAUGAUUCUUUAAAACUAUAUAAUUGUGUAACAGGAAAAUUCAUCAAAGAACUUGCCAGUAAGAAAUAUGGAGCUCACUUGGGUCGGUUUUCUCAUCAUUCUAAUUCUCUGAUCCAUGCUUCUACUAAAGAAGACGACACAAUUCGCUACCUUGAUGUAGUUACGAAUCGAUAUCUUCGGUACUUUCCAGGGCAUAAACAAGCUGUCACUUCCCUUGAUGUUUCGCCCUCUGAUGAAAUAUUUCUUAGUGCUUCGAUGGAUAAUACAUUACGACUUUGGGACUUUCGAUCUCCUAAUUGCCAGGGGUUACUGAACGUAAGCUCGCCUGCAGUGGCUGCGUUUGAUGCUACUGGUUUGAUUUUUGCUUGUGUGAGCGAAAGAAAGUAUAAGAUCUCUCUUUACAAUAUAAAGACAUACGAUUCACGGCCGUUUCAAGAGAUUCCCUUGACAUUUCUUCCUCCACAUGUAAGCAUUUCAAACAUCGAAUUCAGCACUGAUGGAAAAAACAUUUUAUUGACGACUGCAAACGAUUGCCAUUACGUUGUUGAUGCUUAUAGUGGACAGGAAUUGUUACGUGUACCAGCUAGGACGAAUGCUAAAAGCGCUAGUAAAAACCUUUCUUUUUACUCUUCGGCUUGUAUGUCUCCAGACAGUAAGUAUUUAUUUGCUGCAAAUGACGAGAAACAUUUGGCGAUCUAUGAAUUACCUGAGAUGAAACCAAAUCAAUAUUCAGACACUUGGAAUAUGCAUGAACUAAUGAUACAAGUCAAGGAUACGGUCCCUUCAGACCCACAAAGCUGUAUUCCUAUGACAGAUAAAGUAGAUUGCCCUGAGGUGCCUUCUAUAGUUCGCUUUAAUCCUCGCCAUGCACAACUCGUAACGGCUCACUCGGGCGUAGUUUUUUGGAAUUGA